CAGACACAAGGAGACGGUACCAAUUUCGUCCAAAGCUUUUCCACACGGCUUCAAAUAACAUUCCUAAAUCUUUUGGAAUGAACAUUUAGAUAUAUGACGUCUAUUAGUGUGCUAAAAUGCGCCACCUUGCACGGUGUUUCCAUUGUGAAAUAUGUGCGGAGUGCACCGAGGUGGGGUGGUUGACUGGGCAGGACAGCACAAGGUGACACACCCCUGCUCUGUAGAAGCUUUCAAUACCACAGUGAGGAGUGUGAGGCACCGACAGUUACACCUGGCAGGCGGCACUGUCAGUAGAAACGCACACCUAGCUGGUAGGAAUAAAGUAUUGGAGGCCCGUCACCUGUGAAAGCUUCUCCAACAUUCACACCACAGCAGCUGAUUCAGUGGACAAAGGAUGACAAACAUCUCACGAUAUCUUGUUACCCACCUGCUGACAUUCUCACUCCAGAAUGGGGAUGUGCAGAGUGUGGAGGAAGCCCAGUCACGUCUCUCCUUCCUGGCUCAGAACAAAAAGCUGUGGAGCCAGCAGAUGUACCUGGAUGUCGGAGCAGAGGCCAUUCAGCUCCGAGACAUACAGACCCAGGAUGAGCUGGAGAGCUGCUCUCUCAACUCCAUCUACCGCUGUGAACCCAUUAACUCAGAAAAACACUUCCCAUCCCUCCUGAUGUUAGUCUGCCAAGGUGCAGAUGAGAAGAAGCCAGACAUCCACUUCUUCAACUGUGAGACCGUGAGGGCAGAACAAAUCUGUGCGGACAUCACACGAGCAGUUUCAAGUCCCUCCAACAGUAGAAGUAAGAAGCUCUCCGAUGCCCUGAGGCUUCCUUCGAGCAGGGGAGAGAUGUUCGACUCCUAUGACAUCCCAGGUUCCCCCAUGGCACACACUCCAAAUCCCCCAUCAGCCCACCUUCCACCUUACCCUGGACUCAGAGCAACAACAAACGCUGUGAAUGGCAGGCCUGAUCUGUCUUAUCUGCAAGCAGAGAGAGAAGUGGGGAUUCUCAAUCACUGUUUUGAUGAUAUUGAGAAGUUUAUGGCCAAGCUGCAGCGGGCGGCAGACGCUACGAUGUUGCUGAACCAGAAGAAUAAGAAAAGUAAAAAAAAAAGUAAAAAACAAAAAGCUGAAGAAGUGUUACUUGCUGAGAAGGCCCGCCCCCCGCCAGAGGAGGAAUUCAUUGAUAUCUUCCAAAAAUUCAAAUACAGCUUCAGUCUGCUGGGCCGUCUGAAAUCAACCAUCUCCAAUCCUUCAUCACAGGAGCUGGUUCACCAUUUGUUCAGACCUCUGUAUAUGAUGGUGAACACGACAGGGGGACCGGCUCUCGGAGCCUCAGUGUCCAGCCCUGCCCUGACCAGUUCUGCUGUUUCUUUGCUACAAAAUAACUUGAAUGAAGAGGAGAGGCGGCUGUGGACAUCGCUCGGUCCCAACUGGACGCUCCCUCGUUCUCAGCUCAGAGGGCCUGUAGCUCCGUACACCCCUGUGUUCUUGGAUGGUUGGAAGCCGGAAGCUUUGAGAGCAGACGGACGGGUUUGGGAGGAUCCAGUCGAGUCACAGCACAAACAUGAAGCCCUCCAAGGAAAACAUGAGCAGCCAGGUCCCCGUGCAGACAGCCGCAUCAGUGAUGAAACAGACGGCAGCACGCCCUCACCAGAGCUCGACAGACUCUAUACCUGCAGUUAUAACUUCAUAGCCAGAAACAGCAGCGAGCUCUCAGUGCAGCAGGGGGAGACGCUCGAGGUGAUUGAAUCAUCCAAGCGCUGGUGGAAGUGUCGUAAUCGGUUCAACCAGGUUGGAUUUGUCCCCUUCAACAUCCUGGAACCCAUGGCUCAUGUAGAAAGCCCCGUCGCCAACAACCACCCCAGUGCUCCCACCCCACCUCCCUUCGCAAAGACGUUCUCUGCAGUCCCACCCAACCCUCCUGCUCUGCCCCAGGCCACUACCCAUUCUGUAAAUCGCCCAAUGAACUUACCGGCGUACAGCCAACAUACACCAGCUGCAGAGGACACAGAUAAAGUGAUGUUGGUGAAUGACGAGCUGCUCCAGAGGCUGACCAAUGGAAAGGCCAGUCGGAACAAACCUCUUAACAUACCUCGUUCUUCAGACACAUCUGUCUCUCUGGACGAUCACUCUCCUCCAGAGGAAGUGGCUAAGUGGCUCAGAGGGAAAGGCUUCAGUAAACCGACGGUGUCAUGUUUGGGAGUGCUGACAGGGGCCCAGCUCUUCUCCCUCAACAAGGAGGAGCUGCGAGCUGUGAUUCCUGAUGAAGGCGCCAGAGUGUACAGCCAGCUCUCUGUGCAGAAAGCACUGCUGGAGGAUGCCAGGAGGGCCACAGAGCUAGAGGCGGUCAUGGAGAAACAGAAAAUGAAGGUCGAUCUGAAAAUGGAGAGCAGCACAUUGUGAGCAGCAGCGGUCAGAUGGAGGAUUGUGCUUUUCUGGUACAGCUGUCACAUUGAGUGAACUCUUGAAUUGUUUACUGGAGAACAAAUGUGACAGUGACUUGACUGUUAAAACGUUUCAUCUAUGAAGAGCAGUAUGCCAUCGUGUUCAUUUUGACAUCAUUACCUCAUCUUCAAACCAAAGUAUGUCACAAAUUAAAGCUUUUCGUUUAAGCAGGUGCUGUGCAAGUUGAAGAUUAACAUUAAAGCACACAGUUUGUCAUCUUU